CCGCAAUCACAGUACACCCUGCUUCGUGCACACGCCCUCAAGGCUUUCGUCCGAGAUCGAUCUUAAAACAACAAGUAAACAAAAUACGCCCGGGCUGCCGAAAAUAUCCCUGCUGCUCCUGUAACUUGGAGACGAGGAUAAUUUUCGCAUGCGAACCAAUCACUAUACAUCCAACCCACGACACAUAUACCGCUGCCUACCAUGGCGCCAAACCCACCAGAAUCUGGCCGCAAAACGGCCAGCACCAUCCAGCUGCCUUACCGUCAUGAGAAGCUGCCACGACUCGCCGAAGGCUCCAAGAUCCAGAAGCGUGCGAUUCCCCGCCGCCAACAACCGGCCUCGUCCAAUGAACGCCUCAUCUAUGUUUCGUCAUCGACACCGUUCAUGUCCGUCGUCAAACGUGUGCGGAAGCAACUUGAUCGGUCGCUUCAAGACCGGGCUCCAUCUACCAAGAAACUGAGUCUUGCCCAACGUGUCAAUCUCCUGAAUCGAGACACCAGCACUGUGGGCGAAAGCAAUUGCGAGGUGUUGGUACUGGGCACAGGAAAGGCGAUUGAGAAGACCCUGAGCGUGGCCAGCUGGUUCGAACAACAGCCAGACUGUCAGGUACAAGUGAGGACACGGACAGUCGCCACCGUGGAUGACGUUGUGAUGGAGGGUGAUGAGUUUGGAGGAGACGAGAGCCGAGUACGGAAAGUGAGCUGCCUGGAGGCUGCUAUCACACUGAAAUGAGAGAAAAAACGCAGAAUGAUGUCAACGACCGCCAUGAUACCCUACUCUGAUGACCCCGCGAGGGGCCCGCGAUCGUAGCUAGAGCCGCGGAGCCCUGCCGCAAUACGUGCAUACUUUAUAUCUCGUCCUUCGGACCAGAAUGUUUACCACUUGAAUCCU